AUGGCUAACCUCGACCCGUUUGACAAGUUGAACUUCGACUGCUGCGCCCAAGUCAUCCAGUACCUCAGUAUCCAAGAUCUUGCCCGGUGCCAGCUGGUCAGCAAGAGAUGGCAGGCAACAGUUCUGGAAUGGAUUGGGGCUACCGGACUAGGAGUCCACUUCCCCCGCGAGUGUAAACAGUUUAGGAGCAAGUUUACCACAACAUCGCCACAGCCAUAUCAGGUCUGGGAGGAGUUCGCCGAGUGUGCAAUGGAACAGGCAUCAAUUGAGAGAUGGAAGUCAGGGAAAACAUUCGGUUCCCCAAGUUGGGCCACCAUUAACCACCACACGCGAAGCGGCAAGUUCAUUGCAUGGGAUCGCGGAGACACCAUUUACUGGCAGUGGACAGGGUACCAGGAUAAUACGCUGCAUCAGCCAUACCCAAAACAGACAUUGAAGUUCAAGCUUCCCCACGGCAAAAUCCGAUAUAUGGAUGUAUGCGCCGAAAUAGACGCCUUGUUUAUCCUUAUUCAGUGCCCCGACCACCUUGCAAAACUACACAAGGUGCUGCCCAAGUCCUCCCAUAUCCAGGCCCGUUACGACGAGCCGGAACACAUGGAGUACAUGGUCGACAUCCAAACGGGGCAGGAGAUAUGGUCGCGCCCGAAACGCUACGCGCGGCACUAUUGGGACGUCUGCGACUUCCCCUUCCUGAUCGGGUACAAACGGAUCUACUACUACGGGCCAACGGGCAAAGACCUCGAGGUCGACGACCUGCAGACAGGGCGCCGGCUGCACACGCUCCGUGCCGCCAGCGAGGUCCCAUUUGCGCAGCUGCCCGAAGUCCGUGUGGUCCGGCUUCAUGGGCGCGAAAUGCUCUGGACGACGAACUUCCAGGGCGAUGGCAUCACCGGCGAGAUGCGCUUUAUCGACGGGGCCACAGGCGAGCUUGCACAGCGCAUCAGGGUCAGGAGCUGCGUCGGCGCUGGAAAAAAACUCGUGUGCUCGUCCCGCCGCAACGACCUCUCCUUCGCACUGGUGACCUACCAUCUUGCCUGCAAGCCGUGGGUUGCACACAUCCACAAGUACGCGUAUGACGCCGACAGAAAACUCUUCCGUUCACAGGGCGUUGAGCUAUUCGACCUGGGUAGCAUGCGGCACGUCUACGAUAGGUACCCUCUCAUUGACCCUUUCCGGAACUUCGUGGUCGGCUUGCAUAGAGAGUCCAGGCAACUUAGCGUCCUGCCUAUGGUGGAGCUAGAGCAGCCGAGGACCUGGGUGUGUAAAUGUGCAGAGGAUGAAGAGGGAUCUGGUGCGCAGUACGCCGUGACCCUUGGUAUUGGGGAACGGCAGCCCAUCAGGAUCGGCGAGCUGGAACCCUUCACGGUUCCGAAGGGCUUCAAGCUCGAUCUCAGGACCAGAGAGCUUGAUGGGACGAGUAUAAACGUUGCUUACAUGGCGCAGGAUCGUAAGCAAAAAGGUUGGCAUAUGACUCGUCACUUUGAAUUCGGGUAUCGCAAGCAAUAUAACCGUGAGCUGGACCAGUUGAACUGUCUGCACCACCAGGGUUACAACUAG